AUGAAAUAGAGCAUCGAUCCUAGUGAAAGCGAAAAUCAGACUACCUAACUUUGUUUGAUUUACUCUCCGGAACCACAAAAUAAGACAUUGCUUAGUCCUAAGGAUUUUAGAAUUAGGAAACCUGCUCCAUUGGUCUUGAAACCCAUGUUAUGCGAUCAAUAAGAGGACUCAUAAAAGGCAGUGGGAUGUGAAUACAAUUUCAAAGAUUUGAGAUUGGGGAAGAAGAUUGGCAGUGGGGCAUUUGGAGAUGUGUUUGUAGGAUUCAUCUAAGGUAAAUUUAUUGCAGUGAAAUAAAUGGAUGGAAAAUAGUUAAUAGAAUCAGUGGAUAAUGAGAUUAUAAUCUUGUCCAAAUUGACACAUAAGAACAUCGUAUAAUAUUAUGGCUACAUGAGAGAAGUAGGGAUGUUAAAUGUCUAUUUGGAGUAUAUGGAUGGCGGCAGUUUGUCUGAUAGACUGAAAUAGUUUGGAAAGUUCAAUGAGACAUUGAUAAGAAAAUUUACAAUUUAAAUUUUGGAUGGAUUAAUUUAUUUGCAUCGAUAGGCAGUUGUACAUAGAGAUUUGAAAUGUGGAAACAUUCUGUCGAAUUAAAGAGGAUAGAUCAAAAUAGCAGAUUUUGGAUCUUCGUCUUGGAAAGAAGCAAUCAAUUUGGUUAUUAUACAGUAAUAUCGUAGUUCUUUCAAAUGGAUGGCUCCUGAACUGCUUUUGAAAGAAAAGAAAUAUGGAAGGAGAGUCGAUGUAUGGAGUUUGGGAUGUGUUAUAAUAGAGAUGGCAACUGCAGAACAUCCAUGGCCGAACAUAAAAUCUCUAGCAUAGUUGUUAGAGGCUAUAUAGAAUUUGAAGUGUCCACCGAUACCCACUCAUCUCUCGAAAGAAUGCUAAAACUUCAUCAAAAGAUGCUGUACAUAUAAUAAAGACUAAAGACCACAUGCUGAAAUAUUAAAGGAAGAUCCUUGGAUAAAAAAAGAAAUUUGA